GAAAUAAACGAAUUUGUGAAGCGAUUUAAAAAUAAGUCAUGUCUUACUGGUUCCACAGAAACCCGCUAAAGGCUACAUCUACUCUAACUUUUGAGUUAGCAGGCGUGUCAACGGACGACAAAACGAGACAAAUAUUCGCUCAAAUGCGUCAGACAAGGGGCAAACUGCUUGAACUGUUAACAGAUCCAAACCACGAAACUGUGACUGUGGAGAAGGCUGUCAAUGAUUACUUCUCUCUGCUUCUGGGCUUGAUACAGCCAUUUGAGGAAAAUGAAUCUGAAAAUAAACUGAGGAGAGCCAUAAAAUAUAGAUGGACAAACAGCCUACUAGGAAAUGCUGUCAAGGAGCAGCAAGAUUCUGUUUUUGAAGCUGCAAGUAUGGCGAUAAACGUGGCAUUAUGGUACACUAAACAUGCUGCUAAGUUAGCUGCCAAAGAAGAGCCAGAUAUGGAAGAAGCAAAGGAGGUACACAAAUGUCUGAAGAUUGCUGCAGGAAUAUUUACCUAUGUAAAGGAUGAUUUGAUAGGACGCCUGUCAGACAAUACAGAGAAUGCGAUAGACACAGACAGUCGUGUACUGGAUGCCUACAUUUAUCAUUGUACUGGGGAGGCCCAGGAGGUGACAUUGGCCAGAGCUGUUGAGAUGAAACAUUCUCCAAGUUUAAUUGCUGCUCUGUCUUACGAGACUUCCCAGCUGUAUCAAAAAGCAGAUGAUGCUCUGCAAAGUCUGGACAUCAAAGUAGUUGGGAAAUGGAGGAAGUACUUCCAGUUAAAGUGUGAAUUUUACAAAGCUUAUGCCUACUGCUAUCAGGGGGAGACAUUGUUGGCGCAGGACAAAUGUGGAGAGGCUGUACGAGGGCUGCAGGAGGGGGUCAAGUGUUAUGAGAAAUCUGAGGCUCUUUGCAAAGAAUAUGCUAGUACUAAAGGUCUGGGUACAUUUGCAAGACCAGCCAACCAUCUUUUCUUCAGAAAGUUAGGACCAGUUCUGAAAAGAACGUUGGAAAAAUGUGAAAGGGAGAAUGGAAUGAUCUACCACCAAAAAGUGGCAUAUGACCCUCCAGUUCUGGAGUUAAAGGCUACCUAUGGACUGGCUGCCCCCGAGCCAUUUACUCCCCCCGCCCUAAAUCCUCUCUGGAGCAAGGAGGUGUAUGAAAAAAUGAAUUCCAAAAUGGCACCAAAGCCUGAAAAUGACAAAGACAAGAAAGAUAAGCCAACAGAACUGCCGCCAGUGAAGGAGAAAGAGACUCCAAUGUCCGAGAAAGACCCAGGCACAUUCAGUGGAUGUGUGAUGUCAUAAUGGAUAUGUGAUGUCAUAAUGGAAACACUUGUCAAAACAGGACAGAAAACCAGACAUUCAGCAUCAGCAAUGUUAACAAUGUAACACAUGUUUUAUGUGUUAAGAUAACAGUAAACACAAUCUUAUCACCAAUAGAUUUUUUUUUCUUUCCAUAAAUAAUUGGACUUUGAAUGAUGUACAAGAGCAUGAAGAACACACAGACUUCAUUAGAAAAUUUUUUGUUGUGAUAUAAAAAAAAUAUGUACAAGGCAUUGAUAAGGAUUUGUCUUUUCAAAUUGUAAAGCAUCAUAUUUAAAAAGGUCAAGAUAAAUCUCUUCAAAGUAUGUACAUGUACUACAUAGUGUAGUGAAAUUUUUUUUUUCCAGGAGUGCAGUCUUUCAUUCAUUGUGUGAUGUAUUGUAGUCACCUUGUUAUGGCUCAUGGUUAUAAUAUUCAUGUAGAUAAAUGUAAGUAUAUUGUACAUACAUGUAUAUGUAUUUUUAGCCACCAUACCUUCUUGUAAUGAUCACAGUUUACCCAUUUCCUGGACAUGUACAUUGUAUUCUACCUAAUUGUUAUUGUCAUGUGGAGGCAUUUGUUUUCUCUUCACAGCAUACUGUACAAUAUUUAAGUAUUUCAUGAAUUGUUACUAAAAUAAUAUUGUCUGCCAUAUCAUAAAUUAUAUUAUUUGGAAUUCACAUGUAUGUACAUAUUGGUAUGUACUCAGAAACAAAGAUUUUUUUUUUUUAUCUAGCAUCCUUUUGAAUUUAACAUGCAAAUCUCUGAACUUGUUUGUUGCUUUCAGUUAAUAAUUUUAAGCAUUUUUUGUUAUUAAAAAACAAUGCAAUUACUAGAUAAAAUUACUAAUACAAUGUAUACAUAAAAUUUUCCAGUAUACAUUCAUUGUAUUAUUAGUAUAUGUUUGUUGAAAUAAAUUGCAGAUUAGAUGUCUAUAAAUGUAUGUUAGUCUGUUUAUUACUUUUACCAUUUCACUCCCUGGACUAAUAUAGAAGACAUUUUCCGAAGAUGGAGAAAUAAAGAUGAGGAUGCUUUUGGAGGAAUCUCUCUACAUCUAGGAUAUUCUAGAUAUUACAACAAAACAUGUAAUAUACAUGUAUGAAGAAUAGUCAAUGUUUUGUCAUAGGAUAUCGAAUUUAUUCAAUGAAUGGAACAAGAUUUUAUUUUUUAAGAAGUCCUGUAUAUUACUUAAUUUUCAUGACACCUUAUUUUUGCAAGAUUAUCAUCUGGUAAUAUAUUACAAGACAAAAUUAUUAUAAAUUUUGGCUAUUACUGUAUAGAAACUUUAGCAAAAUAUGUACUUAUAUUUAAGCAAGAAUCACAUUUUUGCCUGCAGGCAGUAUUUAAUUUUUGCAAGAAAAUUAGGUUUUCUCAAAUAAAAAGUGAUUUUUUUUACAUAUUCGGUGUCGUGCCAUUUCUAUUUACAUUUUUAUUCCUACUUUUAUUGCAAAACAUCAGCCAUAUGUACAUGAAGUUGCAUUUUCAGAUAUUUCUUGGAAUUUACGAUGUUAUAAAAACUUGAAAAACUUAUGACAUGGUACCGAAUAUAUAUAGAUUCUGUUUCAUGAGUAAAAUAAAUUUCAUGUUUAUUUCAAGCAAA